CGUGCUUGGCUACGAUUUGUUACAAGGAUUGUUCCGCAAAAAAAGACUUUCAAUCUGGUCCACCUUAGGGGCGUGAUUAUUAUAAGCUGAGCACUUUAUCCUAGUUUUUUACAACAACCGGUGACCGGAUUCGUGAUACUCGCCAAAAACAUUAUUUCAACAUUUGUGAAGAUGUUUGUAUCCAAUGGUUGAUAGAUAACAUUGAUAACAUUAAUGUAGAUGUAGCACAGCGGCAUUGGUGACAGUCCUGGAAAUUGUAAUGUGAUUCCGGUUUUUUGCACUGCAGGUGCACUCAUUCUUUAUACUUCACAUUCCACAAAAUGGAUGUCACGGGAGUAUCGCAAAAGUGGCAGCAACAUCUGUCACUUUUACGGCAGCAAUAUGUUAACCUGUUAAAUUCAAAUGCUGAACUUCAACAGAAGUAUGAGACUGCCACGGCUAAUACUCAAGGAUCUGGGUUCGUUGGAAGACUUCUUGCUACUAUAGCAUCGUUACAUGGUCAGCAACGUUACAGUGAUAUAACUAUCAAACUUGUGAACAAAGAUAUACCAGCACAUAAAUUUGUGCUUUCUGCGCGUAGUGAUUUUUGGAACAAUUCAGCUAUCGAGGGUAUCUCAGUACUCGACUGGAGUAACAUACAGAUUUCAGUAGCAUGUGUUCUACUAGAAUGGAUUUAUACAAGCAAAGUUCAUGAAAAAUAUUUAACAUUAGAAUUAAUGAAAGCAGCUUCCACAUUUCAAUUAUCAGAAUUGGUCGAGCUAUGUGAAAAUUACUUGAUUGGAACAGUGAGCCUUCGAGACUGUGUUUCACUGUAUACUGCUGCUAACGAAAUGAAUGCUGAAAGAAUGAGAGAUCACUGCAGCUCUCUGAUAUCUGCUCAUUGGGAAGAUCUCACUGGAGAAGAUUUCAAAGAAAUGCCAGGACCGCUUCUGUAUCAGUUACUAAAAUCUAAAAGUGAAUACCCUUUACAUUCAGCUGUUCGAUUAGUUCGUGAGGAUGUAGUAUUUUUAUAUAUGGUGGAACAUAAUGCAGAGCUCCAAAGUGCAGUGAAUGCAGUCGACUCUAAAGGGGAAAGAGCUCUAGACGUUGCCCUGAAGGCGCGUCAACCAUCCUUAGCGCGAACUCUCGUGGAACAUCAUGCCGAUCUAAGCGCAAAGGACUCUCGAGGACUCACGUUACUUCAAUCAGCUGUCUUGAAAGGCGACUCCUAUUCUGCAGAAUUUAUCAUCGAACAGUUGGAGAAUAGCAAUGGCCUUCAAAAGUUAUGCGAAGCCGUAAAAAUUCCCGAAAAUGCGAAAGACUCGCUAGAUCUUCGGGAAUUCGAAGGUUCCACGGCAUUGCAUUUAGUGGCUAAACAUAAAUCGCAAGAAAUGAUGGCAGUGGCAUCCAGGUUACUUCAAGCUGGAAUCGAUCCUAAUUUACAGGAACACAGAGGAUACACAGCUUUACACAGCAGUAUAGUAGAAAUGAACGAAUCUUUGUUCGACAUGCUGUUGGAUGUGGAAAACAUUGACCUAGAAAUAACAACUAUACAUAACGAUACACCGUUGGCUUUCGCUUUAACCAUAGAACCUUUUGAUGAGUCGUAUGCUAAAAAACUUUUAAAAAAGGGAGCAAAUCCUAACCCGAUAUAUGACGAAUCUGGCGACACACUUUUGCAUAAAGUGAUCAAAGAAGGCCACGAAGAAGCAGCUCUCUUUUUGGCGAAUCACAGCCAGUGCAAUGAAUUAAAGGCUAACGAGAAGGGCUAUACUGUCCUGCACGAAGCCUGUAAAGCUGGAAUGGCGGAAUUAACAAGAAUUCUAUUAAAAUGUGGUCUGCCAACGAAUGUCGUUACUAAAACCGGUGAAGCGCCGAUUCAUUUUGCCGUAUCAAAUUUGUUAACCGAUGUGGUGGAAGCUCUACUAGAAGCCGAGGAUUCACUAUCACAAUUAAAUAUAACAAAUCGUGAAGGUGAAACCGCACUGAGUCUUGCGAUCAAGUUUCCUCUUAAGACAGGAAGAAAUAUUCUUACUGCUCUUAUUAAAGCUGGAGCGAAUGUCAAUCAGCGUAGUGGGGAUGGUUUAACAUUAUUACAUGAAGCAAUAGCGAGGGAGGAUGCAGCCACUGCUAUUUUCUUACUGGAAAACGGUGCUGACAUGAACGCUAAGACAGUAGAUGGCGAAACACCCUUGCAGUUAUGUGUGCUCUGCAGAUUGGGAGAAGUAGUGGAAGCUCUUUGCAGACGAGGAGUGGAUACCUCUACGGGCUGUCCGUUAUGGGAUGCCCUUGAUUCCAAUCAAGAAGACACUGCGUCUAUCCUAGUAGCACAUGGUGCAGACACAGAUUGCUGGGGACCUGGGCCAGACGGUUGUCAGCAAACUUUGUUACACAAAGCUAUCAAUGAGAAUAAGGAAGAAAUUGCACAGUUUUUAAUCAGAAGUGGAUGCGACCUGAAUGCACCGCGUCGUCCAGGACCCGAUGGUUCUGGUGGUGAAGAAGCAAAAGACAACUGUUCGCCAUUACAUUUGUGCUGCCAGUGGGGUCUAGAACAGGUUGUGCAGACUCUCGUUGAGCAUGGAGCAAACGUAAACGCGCGUGAUUCCGAAGGAAAGACUCCGGUUCACGUGGCUAUUCAGAAUCAAUAUUCUCAAAUAAUCUCUCUAUUACUGUGCCAUCCCAACAUCAACCUAUCGUUACGAGACAAACGAGGACUGAGUCCAUUUGCAGCCGCACUGACCGUACGCAACAUUAAGGCUGCGCAAGCUAUCCUAGCAAAACUACCAACAGCUGCUGAACAAUUUGACAAUAAGGGGAGAAAUUUCUUACACAUGGCUAUCAAGAAGGGUGACUUGGAGAGCGUGCUGUUUCUACUGUCUAUAGAGGUAGACGUGAACUCCAGAGUACAAGAUGUCACGCAAACACCUCCGCUGCAUUUAGCCGCUGCCUCAGGAAAUGAAAUGCUAGUGCGGAGUCUAAUAUUAGCUGGUGCGCGAAUUGACGAUGUAGAUGCCUAUAGAAACACAGCAUUGCAUGCAGCGGCUAAAGCCGGCCAUGCAGCUGUCGUGUCUGCAUUGCUCCAGAACAACAUUAAUUUUGAUGCCGUGAAUGCGGAUGGAGACAAUGCUCUGCAUGUAGCCGUAAGAGAAGGACAUGGCUCGGUCGCGAGAACACUUUUAACGGAAUGUACUCUAAACGCGGAAGCUGUAAAUCUCAAAGGAAGGAACCCGUUACAUGAAUUAGCUAGGACUGGGAAGGAACACGGUGCAGCAAUAUGCGAACUCUUCUUCGAAUGCAUGGCAAAGUACCCGCUCAAUAAUGCUGAUUUGGAUGGAAACACGCCAUUAUUAAUUGCCUACAUGAAAGGUAAUGGUAAUCUCUGUCGGACUCUAGUAAAAUAUGGAGCAUGCCUUGGUUCAAUGAACAAAGACGGAAUUACAAUAUUCAACUAUCAAGUUGCAACGAAACAGCUUUUAUAUAGAUUGUUAGAUUCUUUGACAGAAGAAGCUCCAUGGGUGGAAAAAGAUCUUUGCUUAGAAUGUGGCACGAAGUUCACUCUUAGAAUGCGUAAACAUCAUUGUCGCCACUGUGGAAGAGUCUUGUGCAGUAAAUGCUCCGAUCAGGAUGUGCCAAUCUUGAAAUUUGGAUUGAACAAGCCAGUACGAGUAUGUGCAGUAUGUUUUGAUGUACUGCAAGUUGGUACUGAUAAAUCGAUGUAAAUGUAAAGUUUAUGCAAAAUCAAAGUUUAUAAAAUAAAAUACACCAUUCCGUAACAAAACCAAAAA